GCGACCCCAGCAUGAAGAGUGGAAACGGGAUCCCAGCACGCUGCGUCUAUCUGGAAGAAAUGGCCGCGGACCUGGAUGACCAGGACUGGCUGGACAUGGACAAUGUCGAGCAGGCCCUUUUCACCCGCCUGCUGCUGCAGGAGCCUGGAAACCACCUGAUCUACAUGACCUCCGCCAGCACGCAGAACCUCUCUGCCGACCGGGACGCGGGGGAGAGACAGAUUCUGCGCUACCUCUACGCCUGUUUCCAGAGGGCAAGAGAAGAGAUAACCAAGGUCCCAGAGAACCUGCUGCCCUUUGCUGUGCGCUGCCGGAACCUGACUGUGUCAAACACUCGCACUGUCCUCCUCACCCCAGAGAUUUACGUCAACCAGAACGUGUACGAGCAGCUGGUGGACCUGAUGCUGGAGGCGCUGAGAGGGGCACAGUUUGAAGACAUGACUGAAUUUCUCGAGGAGGUCAUAGAAGCCUUAACGAUGGAUGAGGAGGUGCGGACGUUCGGGGAGGUCAUGGUUCCUGUGUUUGACAUAUUGUUGGGCAGAAUCAAGGACCUGGACCUCUGCCAGAUCCUGCUGUACACGUACCUUGAUGUGCUCCUCUACUUCACGAAGCAGAAGGACAUAGCCAAGGUUUUUGCAGGCUACAUCCAGCCCAAGGAUCCCAGCAAUGGACAGAUGUACCAGAAGACUUUGCUAGGUGCCAUUUUAAACAUCUCCUGCUUGUUAAAGACCCCUGGCGUAGUGGAGAACCACGGCUAUUUUCUGAAUCCAUCCCGAUCCAGCCCACAAGAAAUUAAAGUGCAGGAAUCCAACAUCCAUCAGUUUAUGGCCCAGUUCCACGAGAAGAUCUACCAGAUGCUGAAGAACCUGUUGCAGUUGUCUCCAGAGACGAAGCACAGGAUUCUCUCCUGGCUGGGAAAUUGCCUCCAUGCGAACGCGGGCCGCACCAAAAUCUGGGCUAACCAGAUGCCGGAGAUCUUCUUCCAGAUGUAUGCCUCAGAUGCCUUCUUCCUCAACUUGGGAGCUGCCCUCCUGAAGCUGUGCCAGCCCUUCUGCAAACCAAAAUCUCCAAGGCUGCUAACCUUCAACCCUACGUACUGCGCCCUAAAGGAGCUGAACGAAGAGGAGAGGAGGAGUAAGAAUGUACAUAUGAAAGGUUUGGAAAAAGAAACGUGCUUGAUACCUGCUCUGAGCGAGCAAGAGCCAGAGUUUGCAAACAGCUACAAUCUGGUGACGGAAAACCUGAUCCUCACGCAGUACACCCUCCACUUGGGAUUUCACAGGUUGCACGACCAGAUGGUAAAGAUAAACCAAAGCCUUCACCGCCUGCAAGUUGCGUGGCGAGAAGCUCAGCAGAGCUCCAGCCCUGCUGCCGACAGCCUCAGGGAGCAGUUUGAGCGGCUGAUGACCAUCUAUCUCUCCACCAAGACGGCGAUGACGGAACCGCAGAUGCUGCAGAACUGCCUGAAUCUGCAGGUGUCCAUGGCAGUUCUGUUGGUGCAGCUGGCCCUGGGAAACCACGGGACAGAGCCGCUAGAGCUGACCUUCCCACUGCCGGAGGUGGAAAACAGCGCGUUGGCCUACGUGCCAGAAUUCUUUGCCGAUAAUUUGGGCGACUUCUUCAUUUUCCUGCGACGUUUCGCUGAUGACAUCUUGGAGACUUCUGCCGAUUCUCUGGAGCAUGUCCUUCACUUUGUUACUGUUUUCAUGGGUGAUGUGGAAAGGAUGAAAAAUCCUCAUCUGCGGGCCAAGCUGGCAGAAGUGUUAGAAGCUGUGAUGCCUCACUUAGAUCAGGCCCAGAACCCGCUCGUCUCAAGCGUGUUUCAUCGCAAGCGAGUGUUCUGCUCUUACCAAAACGCUGCCCAUCUUGCCGAGGCACUUAUCAAAGUCUUUGUGGAUAUCGAGUUUACUGGUGACCCACACCAGUUUGAACAGAAGUUUAACUACCGCCGUCCCAUGUAUCCCAUCCUGAGGUACAUGUGGGGCACGGAUUCGUACCAGCAGAGCAUAAAGGCUCUCGCUGAUUAUGCCUCAGAGAACCUGGAGGCAAUGAACCCCCCUCUCUUCUUGCGCUUCCUUAAUUUGCUCAUGAACGAUGCCAUUUUCCUGUUGGAUGAAGCCAUACAGUACCUCAGUAAGAUUAAAGUUCAGCAGAUCGAGAAGGACCGUGGAGAAUGGGAUGGCCUGUCCCAGGAGGCUCGCCGCGAGAAGGAGUCGAGCCUGCAGAUGUUUGGUCAGCUGGCGCGCUUCCACAACAUCAUGUCCAACGAAACCAUCGGCACUCUGGCCUUCCUGACCUCAGAAAUUAAGUCCCUGUUCGUGCAUCCUUUCCUUGCUGAGCGCAUCAUCUCCAUGCUCAACUACUUUCUGCAACACCUGGUUGGGCCUAAAAUGGGAGCUUUGAAAGUCAAGGAUUUCAGCGAGUUUGACUUCAAGCCGCAGCAGCUCGUGUCUGACAUCUGUACCAUCUACCUGAACCUUGGGGACGAAGAAAACUUCUGUGCCACGGUGCCCAAGGAUGGCCGCUAACUCUUUGCCCAGACCCUUCGAGUUCUGAAGAAAAUCAACAAGCCAGGCAACAUGAUAGUGUCUUUCGGUAACCUGGCUGAGAGGAUCAAGUCUCUUGCAGACCGCCAGCAGCAGGAGGAGGAGACGUACGCAGAUGCCUGUGACGAAUUCCUGGAUCCGAUCAUGAGCACUCUGAUGUCGGACCCUGUGAUACUGCCCUCUUCCCGUGUCACUGUGGACCGGUCGACUAUAGCCCGCCACCUCCUCAGUGAUCAGACUGAUCCUUUCAAUCGGAGCCCCCUCACUAUGGACCAGAUCAGACCAAACACAGAGCUUAAAGAGAAGAUCCAGCGGUGGCUUGCGGAGAGGAAAAAGCAGAAGGAGGAGCUGGAGGACACGCUGAACUGA